UCUUCUACCAGGGAAAAACCUACAAGAAUCUGCAGCGAUCAUUCCCUAAAAUUUACUCAUUCUCUGUAAUCUGAUAGUUCUAAAUCCUUGCAAUCGUGAAUUUCUCUAUCGCUUAUUUCUUGAUCAUUGUCUUUUAUCUGGUUUCCUUUCGAUGGAGGAUUACAUGAGCAGUGACGAAGAUGAUUAUGACUCAUUCGAAGAACUUGAAAAUGACGAAGAUGAUACUCACUGGCAGUCUAAGAAUGUUUCUUCUUGUCAGGUGAUCACAAAGGAAUCCCUUUUGAGUGCACAGAGAGAAGAGUUGCAUAGAGUAAUGGACUGGCUAAAAUUGAGGGAGCAACAUGCACGGACUCUACUUAUUUUCCACCGGUGGGAUGUUGAGAAGCUGUUUUCAGUGCUUGUAGAGAAGGGGAAAGAUCGAUUAUUUGCUGAAGCAGGUGUCAGAGUGGUUGAGCAGAAAGCUGAUUUCUCCCUUCAGUCCUCAUCAACAAUAAUGUGCAAUAUAUGCAUGGAUGAUAUUCCUGCCAAUGUGGUCACGACAAUGGACUGUGGCCACUGCUUCUGCAACAAUUGCUGGACAGAGAAUUUUAUUUUAAAGAUACAGGAGGGUCAAAGCAGACGCAUUAGGUGCAUGGAGCACAAGUGCAAUGCAAUAUGUGAUGAAGCCAUUGUCAGAAAUCUAGUGAGUGCAAGGCAUCCUGAUCUGGCAGAGAAAUUUGAACGUUUUCUUCUAGAGUCGUAUAUUGAGGAUAAUAGAAAGGUUAAAUGGUGCCCCAGUGUUCCACAUUGUGGUAACGCAAUACGUGUUGAGUAUGAUAAGUUUUGUGAGGUAGAAUGUGCAUGUGGACUACAGUUCUGUUUCAGUUGCUCAUCUGAUGCACACUCACCUUGUUCAUGUCUGAUGUGGGAGCUUUGGAUUAAGAAGUGUAAAGAUGAAUCGGAAACAGUUAAUUGGAUUACGGUCAACACAAAGCCUUGUCCAAAGUGUCACAAACCCGUGGAAAAAAACGGUGGCUGCAAUCUAGUUAGCUGUAUUUGUGGACAAGCAUUUUGUUGGCUGUGUGGUGGAGCUACUGGCCGGGAUCACACAUGGUCAAGUAUUGCUGGUCACAGUUGUGGGCGGUACAAAGAAGACCAAGAGCUGAAAGCCGAGCGUGCCAAACGAGACUUAUAUCGAUACAUGCACUAUCACAGCAGAUAUAAAGCUCACACAGAUUCCUUUAAGCUUGAAACCAAUCUCAAGGAAACCAUUGAGGCUAAGAUCUCAAUUUUAGAAAACAGAGAAUCAAUUCCGAAAGACUUCAGUUGGCUAACAAAUGGGCUCAACAGACUCUUCAGAUCAAGACGGGUGCUCUCAUAUUCUUACCCAUUUGCAUUUUACAUGUUUGGGGAUGAACUCUUCUGGGGUGAGAUGUCAAAGGAGGAAAGGGAGUUGAAACAAAACUUAUUUGAGGACCAACAGCAACAGCUUGAAGCAAAUGUAGAGAGGCUCUCUAAGUUUAUAGAGGAACCCUUUGAUUCAUAUGCCAAUGGAAAGGUCAUGGAGAUAAGGAUGCAAGUCAUCAAUCUUUCUGCCGUCAUUGAUAAACUUUGUAAAAAAAUGUAUGAAUGCAUCGAGAAUGAUUUAUUGGGCUCCCUCCAGUCAACGAUCCAUAAUAUAGCUUCUUACCAGUCAAAGGGUGUUGAGAAGGCAUCAGAACUUUCUCCUUGUCUGAGUUCCAAGGCAGAUGAUAGUGAUACCUUUCUGCAAUCAGAUUCCAACAUAAAAGGAGGAAUGGCGGAACCUGGUAGGCCCUCCUCUAGCUCCCCAAAUUUAAAUGGUAGUGGCUGCUCUUCUCGGAAACGUGCUAGAAAAUCUCUUGGAGAUGGCCUCUUUGAUCUCAACUUGCCUGCUGAAGUAAUUGACAAGAGCUGAUUUAGUGACAGCAUAUCACUGCAUACUCAAAAAGUGUACAGUUCUAACUUGAAGAAUACACUGCAUUUCUCUAUCAUCCAAUCCCAAGGCAUCCAGCUUGUCCACUGAUCAACACCCUUAAAGAGGUGAUUUGAUGCCCUUUCUUUUGUUUUUAAUUUUACAUUCUUAUUCUGUACAUGCCUUCUCAGUUCAGGCAAAUGUGCAUAAUUGUUAUGUAUAUCCUCUGCCCAAGGCUUGAAUUAAUAUACUAAGCAGCUCUUUUAGACA